AUGGUCAGGUCCACGCGCGACCCUGGGGCCACGCAGGAGCCAGCGAGCCCGGCCCCACGGAAGGGGCAGGAGCAGGGCUCGGCCGAUCGCCAGAUCGCCCGUGGUUCGGCUCGCCACGUUCCGACGCGGCCUUUGAAGGACCGUCCCGUGGCCCCUGCGCCUCCCGAAGGGGGCGUGUCCCCGCGGUCCCGCCCCGGCCCCGCCCCGCCGGCGGGGACGGCCGCGGCCCCGGCCCCCGCCCCGUCGGGCCAGCCCGGCCUGAUGGCGCAGAUGGCGACCACCGCCGCCGGAGUGGCCGUGGGCUCGGCUGUGGGCCACGUCGUGGGCAGCGCCCUGACCGGAGCCUUCAGUGGGGGGAGCUCAGAGCCCGCCCAGCCUGCCGCCCAGCAGGCCCCGGCGCGCGCUGCCCCGCCGCCCCUGCAGACGGGGCCCUGCGCCUAUGAGAUCAGGCAGUUCCUGGACUGCUCCACCACCCAGAGCGACCUGACCCUGUGCGAGGGCUUCAGCGAGGCCCUGAAGCAGUGCAAGUACAAUCACGGUCUGAGCUCCCUGCCCUAAGAGACCAGAGCAGAUUGGGUGGCCAGCCCUGCACUCACCUUCACCCCCCUCCCACCAACAGCCAGACCACGACGUCAGAUUGUACCCACUGAGCUGGGACCCGGAGUGAGGAGGGGGUCCCUCACCUCACAGAUGAUCUGAGAUGAAAACGUGCAAUUAAAAGCCUUUAUUUUAGCCGA